AUGGCGGAGAAAGCACGAUGGCAAAGGAUUGCGGCGUGUUAUGAUGAUGAACACGCACACACGAAACUGCGGAGAAGCCCCAUGUACGUCCUUCACCUCGAAUCCCUCCUCGAAUGCUCCGCGCGUCUUCGACACUCCCUAUCAUGGUUGUCAACCCUUGACUUGUCGCAGCUCGAGACACGACAACGCUCCUCGAUGCAGACCGCCGCCAGAACGUCCCCGCGCCCCGUUCUACUUCCGUCCACUUCCACAAUCGUUCAUGAAGGCGAUGAGGUGGACCAUGAACUAGACGAUGUCCCCGACUUGAAUCCGGACUCGGACGCCCACUCGGAAGACGACGUCAAGAGCGACACAAGCCACGACGAAGAAGACUCCAAGAACCCUGUCCGACUUCUCAGCAGCUCCCAGUCGACGCUGGGAUACCUUUCCACGGACAAUGCUUUUGUCCUUGUCGAUGGCGCGCAACAUCACGAAGAGCGUCGCAUCGUAGAAGAUCUCGCAGACACCGACCGGUUCGAGAGCUGCCGCAAGUUGAACAUCAUCGAGCCAUGUACUCCGUUAUCUGCUGCACCAAACCCGUGCACCUCACCCUUGAAAGCAGCAGCCAACUUCGACGCUGGCGUCCUGGCGCGGGGUACCGUCCGCGUCACGGACCGCGCCCACACCCCGCAGAUUGAGUGCCUAGAAGCAACCCUCAUCGCCGGCUACCACGCGGACUCUCCGACGUCGAUGGGAUAUCCCGGGCACCGGGGUACGGAGGCGGUGGGGGAGGGGCAUUCUGCAGAACCACGCGACGUGGAGCGUGAGGCUGGGGAGGUUUCCAGUGAUGGUGCUAUGUAG